UCCAUAUAGUGCAUCUUUAUUUUGUGUUCCACUGGGGCGAAAAAUCAGGUUUGAAACUACAGGAGAGCGAAUAAAUUAUGUCAGAAUGUUCAGUUGUGUGUAAACGAUUCCUGCCGUUGUUUUUCGAAGCGCUUUCUCGUCGAGCACCGCGUGUCCCCUCUGACUACCCGUAACAUGUGUGUCGUGUUGUAUGCGGUAAACACUGAGAGGUCUGUUUUUAACAUGAAAGCUGAUCCUGAUUCCUGCAGUGCAGUAAAUGCAGAAAUACGCCUGACGAGGGAAACCGCGCCGCUUUAAUGGCGGAACUAGCUCUUCAGUCUGCUCAGGUGAAGCUGUGUGUCAGAGCUCAGAGACACUGCUGUGUGAGUCUACAGCCUGCCAUAGCGUGUGCACAAGAGCAGGCCAACAUCAUGGAGGAGAUCAACAAUAACUCUGUGUCCACACAACAACAACACAACACUACACAACAGAUGAACACUACCAAGGCAGUCAAGAAGGUCAAAAAAGCACAGAAAGAGCCAAAGAGAGUGGCAGGCAAGAAGAAGAAGAAGCAGAAGGAGGCAGAAAGCGUCUGUAGCCUGAUGUCCGAGCUUCCUUUCGUGAACACAGAGGUCUGGAAGGAGCUGGGCUUCUCCAGCGCAGAAUCGAGCGUGAAGAAGAAGCGUAAGAGAGGAGACGGCGCUCGAGUGGAGAGUGAGGAGGAUGGUGAGAAGAAGAAGAAGAAGGAGACGGCUCGCCCAAACUACUUUGUCUCGGUGCCAAUCACAAACCCAGAGAUCAAGCAGGCGGUGCAGGAUGUGCAGAAGCUGCUGCUGGAGAAGGAUAGUCGUCUGUCCCGAGCGCUGAUACCUGUGGACACUCUACACAUCACUCUACUGGUGACUCACCUGAGCACACAGGAGCAGCUGAAUCUCGCUGCGUCUACAUUGUCAGAGCUGGAGUCUCCUCUGAACGCGCUGCUGGGGGGCCGGAGGCUGGUCCUGCCCUUCUGUGGAAUCGGACACUUUAAACAGGAAGUGGCUUUCGUUCAGAUUACGGAAGGAGAUCAUCUGACCACACUCACGCUCAUGGCAGAGAGCGUGAGGAAGGCGUUUGAGGAGCGGGGCAUCGCGUCUGGAGAUGACAAAGCAUUCAAACCUCAUCUGACGUUUCUCAAACUCUCACGAGCACCUAAACUACGCAAGCAGCCGGUCAUUGAGGUCAGUCAGUGUCCGUCUCUCAAAGACACAUCGUGUGCUUAUGCUUUUGUUUAG